AUGCGGGCCAACAACGACGCAGACUUUGGCGCCUGGUUGCUUCAACUCGGCAACGGUCAGCUGCCCGCGGUCGACGGAAAUGUGAACACCGUCGAAAUCCCCAGGGAUAUGGUAUGUGACAUAGCUAAUUUGAUUGAUUUUGUUUACCCGCAGCAAAUGUCGUUGGCUAACGUCGACGACUUUGCUCGGAAAAUUAUUCUCUGUCCCCGGAAUGAGGAUUGUAGACAGGUCAAUCGCACGGUGCUGCAACGCGUCACGGGUGCCGCGAGAACCUACACCGCCAUAGACACGGUGGUGGCGGACGACGUGGACGAGAUUGCCAACUACCCGACCGAGUUUUUGAACUCGCUGGAGCCCGACGGACUUCCUCCGACAGGCUGA